UUUUUUUUUUUUUUACCAGUGAGAAUUCUCUAAGGAAGCAGUAUAAUGAUCAGAAACGAUGGCAAUGAGAAGUGGAGAAGCUAUUCCAGUAACAGCUCCAACUCAAACACACACAGGGUCGAACCCGACAAGCCAACGCACUUUAAACCAUCUCUUCCACCUCUCAACAUCAGCAGACCAACCAGAAACAGUGCCCAUGUCAGCAUUUCCGAGACCGAUACCUAUGGCAGUAAAAGAAGUGGCCACAACAAUCAUAGUGUGGAGAUUACUCUGGACAUUGGUGCGGACUCAGUGGCAGUUCACAGUGUUGAGGCUGUCAAAGCAGAGGCUCGUGAAGAUCCUGAGUUGACACUGCUUGCCAAGACUAGUGCUCUUGAUCAGAACAAGACAUCCUUUGGUUCUUAUAUUGUGAGAAAUGCUUCUUCACGGAUCAGACAAGCUUCGCAGGAGAUGAUACGUUUUGCUUCUCUGUCAAGAUCACGAGCAGCUGCUGCUUCGCGUUUUCAUCGCACCAAGUCAGCUGCUGCUCAUGCCUUGCACAGUCUCAGGUUCAUCACCAACCAAGCAGCUGGUGCUGGUGGAUGGCAGUCGGUUGAGAAGCGAUUCAACCAGCUCACUACCUCCACUGGCUCCCUUCUUCCCUCAUCUUUGUUCGGUGAAUGCAUUGGGAUGAAUAAAGACUCGAAGGAAUUUGCCGUUGAGCUGUUCCAUGCACUUGCUCGGAGGCACAAUAUAAGUGGGGAUUUAAUAAACAAAGCAGAGCUCAGGAAGUUCUGGGAACAAAUCUCGGAUCAAAGCUUCGACUCACGUCUCCAGACUUUCUUUGACAUGGUAGAUAAAGAUUCUGAUGGCAGAAUCAUGGAAGAAGAAGUCGAAGAGAUAAUCAGUCUCAGCGCUUCUGCAAACAAACUCUCUAACAUUCAGAAACAAGCAAAGGAAUACGCAGCACUAAUAAUGGAAGAACUAGACCCUGAUAAUGCCGGAUACAUCAUGAUUGAAAACCUAGAAACACUAUUGUUGCAAGCUCCGAGUCAUUCUAUCAGAGUAUCAGAAAGGCAAAUUCUAAGUCAAGUAUUGAGCCAGAAGCUCAAGCCAACACAAGAGAGAAGCGCAUUAAAGAGAUGGUGGCAGAGUACUAAGUACUUCCUUCAUGAUAACUGGCGAAGGGCUUGGGUCAUGACAUUGUGGAUAGUAAUCAUGUCAAGCUUGUUUGUGUACAAGUUUGUGCAGUAUAAAAAUAAGGCUGUGUAUGAAAUAAUGGGCUAUUGUGUCUGUACUGCUAAAGGAGCAGCUGAGACCCUUAAAUUCAACAUGGCACUAAUCUUACUACCAGUCUGCCGGAACACCAUUACCUGGCUCAGAAACGGAACCAAAUUGGGUCUCGUGGUUCCUUUUGAUGACAAUCUCAAUUUUCACAAGGUGAUUGCGAUAGGAAUCACUGUGGGCACUGUACUACAUGGGGGUUCCCACUUGGUCUGUGAUUUCCCGCGCCUUCUUCAUGCAACUAAGGAAGAGUAUGAGCCAAUGAAACCUUUCUUUGGCAACGAGCAACCUCCAGAUUACUGGUGGUUUCUGAAAGGAGUGGCUGGGGUGACGGGGAUAAUCAUGGUGGUGCUGAUGGCCAUAGCGUUCACUCUGGCUAGCCCCAAGUUCAGGCGAAACAAGCUCAACAUCCCCAAACCCCUCAGAAAACUCACUGGCUUCAAUGCCUUCUGGUACUCCCACCAUCUUUUUGUGGUCGUCUACACCCUCCUCAUUGUCCAUGGUAUAUACCUCUACCUCACCAAGAAAUGGUACCAAAAGACGACAUGGAUGUAUUUGGCGGUUCCACUAGUACUCUAUGCAGGUGAGAGGUUGAUCAGGGCUUUAAGAUCAAGCAUCCAACCAGUUAAGAUUCUAAAGGUUGCCUUCUAUCCUGGAAAUGUCCUCACAUUGCACGCGUCAAAGCCCCACGGCUUCAAAUACAAGAGUGGACAAUAUGUGUUCAUCAACUGUGCUGCAGUUUCUUCUUUUGAAUGGCAUCCAUUUUCUCUAACUUCAGCACCUGGAGAUGACUAUCUAAGUGUUCACAUUCGAACACUAGGCGAUUGGACGCGCCAACUCAAAACUGUUUUCUCUGAGGUGUGUCGUCAGCCACCAAAUGGAGGGAACAUCGGUUUACGCAAUGAAACACAAGGAGUGAGUAACCCUUGUUUUCCGAGGAUAUUGGUAGACGGUCCAUAUGGAGCUCCAGCUCAAGACUACAAGAAAUACGAGGUGGUUUUGCUGGUUGGACUUGGAAUCGGAGCAACCCCAAUGAUCAGCAUUGUCAAGGACAUUAUCAACAACAUCAAGUUCAACUUGGAUGAGGAACAAGUGGAAGAAAAAGAAACGGGAGCUCUAGAGAGCGGCAAGAAAGCAAACCCUAACUCAAGUCCUAACAGUUGGAAUGGUGAUAUCAAUAAUAAUAAGAAAAUGAACAAGAAGGGGUUCAAGACCAGGAGAGCCUACUUCUACUGGGUGACGAGAGAACAAGGAUCGUUCGAGUGGUUCAAAGGGAUCAUGGACGAGGUGGCGGAGAUGGACACCAAGGGAGUGAUAGAAAUGCACAACUACUGCACCAGUGUCUACGAAGAAGGGGACGCCAGGUCGGCCCUCAUAGCAAUGCUCCAGUCUCUAUAUCAUGCCAAGAAUGGCCUAGACAUUGUCUCUGGCACCGGCGUAAAAUCCCACUUUGCCAAGCCUAAGUGGCGCCAAGUCUUCAAGAACAUCGCUCUCCACCAUCCUGAUUCCCAUGUUGGAGUGUUCUAUUGCGGAGCACCAGCCUUAACCAACGAGCUCCGGCAACUGGCUUUGGAUUUCUCCCGCAAGACCACCACCAAGUUUGAUUUCCACAAGGAGAAUUUUUAAGGAUGCCAUGUUUUCAGACAUUCAAUCAAUGCGUGUGUGUGUGUGUUUAUAUAUAUAUAUUGAUUGACUAUCAGAGUAUGUCUGAAGAAUCCGGAGUGGCUGUGGUGGUAUAUGUGCUUGCUACAAGUUUUCUAGUGCUAUGACUCGUGUAAAUGUUGAAAUGUCUACUCAUUUGUGGAUGCUGUGGGAGCCCAACUCAACAAUUAUGCUGUUGACACUGUCCAAAACACUCCUCUUUGUAUUAUUUCCACGAAUAGAGGGUAGGAAGGAAUAAAUAAAUGUUGAAAAUCAUAAAUUUAACACACUGUUAAUAUGAUGUCACAACAUCCUUUAUGGUUCUAACUAUCUACAGAUAGACUUAAUAUGAGAUUGUGAUGAACACAAUAAC